AUGCCGUCCUCGCCCUGUGGCGCUGAGCCCAUCGCCAUCAUCGGCUCCGCGUGCCGGUUCCCGGGAGGCGCGAGCUCCCCCUCGCGCCUGUGGCAACUGCUCGCGAACCCGAGGGACCUCUCGGAGCGCGUGCCCGCGGGAAGAUUCCAUGUCGACGCCUUCUACCACCCAGAUGGCGAGUUCCCCGGCACGACGAAUUCUGCCCGUGGGUACUUCCUGGACCACGACCCCCGGCUGUUUGACGCCAGCUUCUUCAGCGUCACGCCCAAGGAAGCCGAAGCAAUCGACCCCCAGCAGCGGUUGCUUCUAGAAGUGGUGUACGAGGCCCUCGAGUCGGCCGGGUACUCUCUCCAGCAGCAUGCGGGUGCCCGUGUUGGUGUGUUUGCCGGUGUGAUGACGGCCGACUACGACACCCUCUCACAGAGGGACGAGCUCACCACAAGCCAGUACUAUGCCACGGGCAAUGCGCGGUCCAUGGUCUCCAACCGGCUCUCGUACUUUUUCAACUUCAAAGGGCCCUCCAUGACGAUCGACACGGCCUGUUCAUCCAGCCUGGUAGCCCUCCACCAAGCUGUCUUGAGUCUUCGGUCGGGCGAUUGCGAAAUGGCUUGCGUGGCUGGUGCCAACCUCAUCCUGACCCCUGAGCAGUUCAUCGUCGAGUCCAGCCUACACAUGCUCAGUCCCUCCGGUCACUGCAACAUGUUUGACGCCAAUGCCGAUGGCUAUGCCCGCGGCGAAGGAAUUGCGGCUAUGUUUGUCCGUCCCCUGAGCAAAGCCCUGGCCAGUGGCGACCACAUUCUCGCCGUUAUUCGGGAAACCGGUGUCAAUUCGGAUGGCAGGACGACAGGGAUCACGAUGCCCAACUGGGAAGCGCAAGCACAGCUUAUUCAGGACACAUAUCGACGAGCCGGCCUAGAUAUCAACACCCUCGAGGACCGCUGUCAGUAUUUUGAGUGUCAUGGGGCUGGAACGGCUGCAGGUGACCCCAAGGAAGCCCGCGCCAUCGAACAUGCCUUCUUCUCGGGUGAGCUUCGAGCUGGGCCGUCAACUGACUUGAUCCCGCCCGCGGAAAGGCCUCGGCUUCUGGUUGGCUCAGUGAAGACGGUCAUUGGCCACACUGAGGGGUCGGCAGGUCUCGCAGGGUUAUUCAAGGUUGUCGAGAGCAUGCGACAUGAUACCAUUCCUCCAAACCUACAUCUAGAUCGGUUGAACCCGCAAGUUGCCGAAUAUGCCAGCCACUUGGUCGUCCCAACAAGCCCCGUCCCAUGGCCAGCGGUCCAGCCAGGACAACCGAAAAGAGCCAGCGUCAACUCGUUCGGUUUCGGCGGCACCAAUGCCCAUGCGAUUGUUGAGCAGUACGUUCCAGCCAUCCACGACGAGAACUUCGUGUCAAGUGCCCGCGUCCCUCGCCACAUCCCCAACGGGUCAGUCGGGCCUAGAGUCAAUCGCAUUUGCCUCCCUUUGGUACUCUCUGCCAAAUCGGAAAAGUCCCUGGUAGCUGUGGUGCAAGCCUAUUACGAUCACCUCCUCAAGAACCCCGGAGCCUCAACCGAAGAGCUGUCAUGGCACACCUACGCCCGCCGCACAGCUUUUGCUCACAGAGUGUCCUUUGCGGGUACAACAACGGAAAGGCUUCUUGGGAAGCUGGCGCGAUUCCUGAAGAUACCAGACGCCCCGCCUGAGCCUCCUAGAAAGAAGCUGAAAACAACCGACAAACGAGAGACGCCGCCACCGGUUGCCACUAUGUGUCGCGUGAAACCAGAACAUCAGAAGCCCAAGUUGCUGGGGAUCUUCACGGGCCAGGGAGCGCAAUGGGCCACCAUGUCUCGGGGUCUGCUUGUGACAAGCAAGGUGUAUCGUGAUUCUAUUCGACAGUUGGACGGGAUUCUGCGGCAGUGCCCACAUCCACCUCCCUGGAGCUUGGAACACGAGAUAUCGGCGGACGAGGGUCUUUCGAGGGUUCAUAGGUCGACAAUCUCGCAGCCUCUGUGUACCGCCAUUCAGAUUGCUUUAGUCGACUUGUUACACUCGAUCGAGAUUAGCUUCCACACAGUGGUCGGCCACUCGUCUGGGGAAAUCGGUGCUGCAUAUGCCGCCGGCCGGAUCGGUGCCAGAGAUGCUAUUCUGAUUGCUUACUACCGUGGAAUGGACGUGAACCUCGCCUGCGGAGCCGGGGGCGUCAAAGGGGGGAUGUUAGUUGCAGGCAUGUCAAUGGAGGAGGCCGCCGAUUUCUGUUCUAGAAGAGAGUACAGCCCAGGACUCUGCAUUGCCGCCAGCAACUCGCCCAUGGUUGUCACGCUUUCAGGUGAUCUUGACUUGAUUCAUGAGGCCUGCAAGUAUCUUAAGGGCAAGAGGUUGCUAGCGCGGAUACUCAACGUCGACACGGCUUACCAUUCACCCCACAUGGAGGUUCCGUCAAUAAAGUAUCUGGAAGCGAUCAAAUCGUGCAACAUCUCACCGCGGGCUCAAAACAAUGGAACCGCUUGGAUUUCGACUGUGUCUGGCACUGGGGAGCCCAAGGCAGCGGAUUUGAAGGACACCUACUGGCGCGACAACAUGAUGAAGCCGGUGCUGUUUUACGAGGCUAUGAGUACCGCCUUGGACAAAAAUGGACCGUUCGACGGAGUGAUAGAGGUCGGGCCCCAUUGCACUCUUAGGGGGCCAGUGUUUGAAGCAAUCCGAGAGAGCAUGGGAACAGAAACAACUUUGCCCUAUACUGGACUCCUCAACAGGGGGAUGGACGACCGGGAGGCGUUUGGCGAGUUUCUCGGCUGGAUAUGGGCCCAGUUUGGGGUUUACAACUCUCACAUUCGGCAAUUCGUCGUGGGUUCCGUACAGCCCGAGCUGGUCAACACGCGGAUUCAAGGUGCUCCCAGUUACCCAUGGGACCAUUCACAGAUUCAUUGGAGAGAGUCGAGACUAUCUCGACAGUAUCACUUCAGGUUGGCCAUGCCUCACGAACUCCUCGGGGUACGCACUCGAGACGAUUCUCGGUACCUACUUCGAUGGCGGAACAUUCUGAAGUUUGAGAAGCUCACUUGGGCCAGGCACCAUGCGUUCCAGGGUCAAUCGCUACUCCCCGCGUCAGCCUACGUCAUCAUGGCGGUUGAUGCUGCCAAAGCCGCUGCGCCAGAGGUAGCAAUUUCUAUGAUCGAGCUUCGCGAUCUCAAGUUCUACAAAGGCAUCACGUUUGAUCCUAAUUCGCCCGGGGUCGAAGUUCUCUCCUCUUUGGUCAUUGAGAAAGAGACGCCAGACACAUGGGAGGCUUCAUUUCUGCUGACUUCAGCCGUUGCCGACGGCCGCACCGAUGUGAAAAAGAACUUUAGUUGCCGGGUCGCCAUCACGUCUGGCGCACCACAUCCCAAUCUGUUGCCAACGCGGCCAGCGACGAGAGCGGAAACACUGAGCGCCAACCCCGAGGCUUUCUAUGCCAUGAUGGCCGGGACAGGCUUGAGGUACACUGGCCCAUUCCGAGGGCUACAAGCACUCGACCGUCGGUUUGAUUUUGCGUCGGGUUCCCUGAGGAGAGUUCACCCUGACGACACUACAAGGCUUGGCCUCAGCCCCGCCACCUUGGACAGCUGUCUUCAAACAGCCUUUGUCACAAUGUCUUCGCCUGGCGACGGUGCCAUCUGGACACCAUUCUUGCCAGUGGAGAUCGAGAGCAUUCGCAUGAACCUAUCACUGUGCAAUGCCCAAGAACGGAGCGACACGCUGGUGGUUGAUGCGCAUAAGACGCAGGCUACACCAUGCACGAGGAGCGCCCCGGCCUCCUUCACUGCCGACAUUGAGAUAUUUAAUGAUGAAGGCAAGCAGGAGAUACAGAUUGAGGGACUCAAAGUUGGGUCGUUUGGCCCUACCAAUCCCGAGGAUGACUACGAGCUGUACCUUACCACACAGCUGGACCUUGAUCCCGAAGACGCUAUCGUCUCCGCCACAGACGAAGACGUUCACCCCGCGAGCCCCAUGCUUGCCGAGUCCUGCGAGCGCGUCGCUUCUUUUUACAUCACGGAACUGCCAGCCACUGCAGUGUGUCCAAGUCCGGGCUCGCACCUCGUUUCUGCGUCCAUCGCCAGCCGAGCAGAGCUGCGCCGCGCCACAAGCACCUGGUCGGAUGAGACAGAGGAGUCUCUUGAUCGGUUCAUUCUAUCCUCGCCAUACUAUUCGGCUUUGAAUUUGGUCCGCAGAUUAGGCCGAAACGUUCCGGAUGUGAUGGCUGGCAUGCUUCCUACAGUGUUUGAAGAAGCUCGCCAGACGCAUAACUUCCAGCGUCAUAUUUCGAGAGUGGUGAAGCAAAUAUCCCACAAGUAUGCCUCGAUGCACGUCUUGGGACUGACAGAUGCUGAGCUUGGGUUGACGGAGCACGUGCUGGCUGGCUUGGGCACCUCCUUUGCAUCCUACCGCAUCGGCUCUCGGCCUGAGGAGAAUCUCAACGAUCGAAUCCAGCUUUCCAAGUCUCUGAGCGAGAAGGUUAUCACCGAAAAAGUCGAUUUCACCACGGGUGUUCCAGCAAAUGGCCAGCUCUACGACCUAGUUCUUCUGUCUACUUCUCUAUUCGAGCCUCACAACACGGCCACUGUCCUCGGCCACGUUCGGAACAUGAUGCGGCCUGGAGGCUUCCUGAUGCUCAUUCAGAUUACAAGGACCCCUCUCGAGGAACGUCUCCGUCGUACCAUCAGCUGUGCACUCUCUCUGCAGUCGAUGUCCCCAACACCGCCUGACUGGCCUGACCUCCUUGAUCAGUGCGGAUUUCAAAAUUCCAGCGAGGACUCGGCCCAGAACUAUGCCACUGGCUUUUCCCUGAUUGUUCGUCAAGCGCAGUCUCUGGAGAAAGCGCUGCUGAUGUAUCCUCCCUCCGAGCACUCAGACCCGGAGCGUCUGAUGAAUAGACUCCUGAUUGUUGGCGGCAAGCAGCUGUGGACAUCAUUCAUCUCAUCGCAAGUCACUGCAGCCCUGGCUUCGCAUUGCGGGUUGAUCACUACCGUUGCGUCCCUUGACGACUUGGCACCCGGGCAUGCUGCCAACUUUACAGCCGUCAUCCUCCUCUGCGACCUGGAUGAGCCCCUUCUGUUGAACAUGAACGAGAAGCGGAUGGAGGCCUUGAAGGAGCUACUCCGUCCAGAAAUGGUGAUCCUUUGGGUCACGGAAAGUGCCCGGACUACUACCCCUGGCAAUUCGGCUUCUUUGGGCUUCACGCGCACCCUCGCUGCUGAGAUCCCAGGAUUGACCCUCCAAGUCCUUGACCUCGAGACUGUUAAUACCGAUCCCGCCGUCAAGGACGUCUCUGAGACCUUUUUUCGCCUUGCCAUGUACGCUAGGAUUCAACACACAAGUGUCGAAAACCCUCUGUGGGUUCUGGAGCCAGAGAUACACAUCAAGGAUGGUCGUCGCAUGGUUCCCCGUGUUCGUCCGUGGAAGACAGGCAACAACCGCGCGAACGCCGGUCGGCGGAUUGUCACAGCUCCUUGCAACACCUUGGAAAAUGUGGUGGAAAUUCUGCCAGGGCAUUCAGGAAACGGGCCAUACAGGGCAGAGGAGUGGGGAUUGGCGUCUGCGUCGGACCCUCCAGGAGAGCUCUUUGGUAUUCAGGUCAACUACAGCACUGUCGGUGCGCUCAACACAGGGCUCAGUUCUUUCCCGUCGGCCUACGUCUGUCUUGGCCGCGAUACGAGGACCCUCGCCACAACGGUUGCUUUGUCCAAAGUCAAUGCCUCCUACAUCAUGAUGCCGACGAGAUGGGGUACGGAGAUUACGAUCCCCAGUCUCAACGAGCCGGUCUUCUUUGGGCUUUUGGUCCGCUAUUUCCUGGCGCUCAGCAUUUCGUGGAAAGCCAGGGGACAGUCACUCUUGGUUAUCGAACCUGACGAGCGGUUCCGGGAGUGCAUCAAGGACGUCUGUGUCAAGCAGGGGAUUUCGUUCCAG